GUGCCCGCGCAGUGAGCCGCUGGACGGCCACUCGGGUGCAGCGCACCGCUGGGGCUGCCGGCAGUGCCGCCUGGUGGCCGCAGGUGCAACUACCGACGGCUGGCCGGAGGACGGAGGACGGAGCUCCCUGCUCCCGGACCCCCAGCUAAAUGCUCCGCUGACGGAGCAGCAGAGAAGGAAUCAGCGGAAGUCUGGAGACUCGUCCGAGAGCUCCGAACUGGUUUGCAGGAAUGAGAACAGAGACCGUCUGACGAUAAAGCGAAACUCCCGCGGGCCGGGAAAGAAAUAACGCAGCACCAACUUGAGGAAACGAAGCAAUACUGAGUGGAGAAAACGCAUAAACCGUCACAGCAAGAGAGCGAUCUCUCCCUGCGACGAAGAAAGUCAUUACCAAACGCUCGCAAUUUUCUUCGGAUUGACCCAAGUGUCACCGAGUGUCAGAGCCUCGACAAUCUUGAGGUCCGAGCCAGUCCCUGCACGUCUCUGAGCCCUAGUGUAGCGCCGGCGCCCGCUACUGACCGAGUCUCUGUAUUCGUGUGGAGACAAAUGGCGCGGUGUUGACGGUACCGACCGUUUCUCGCCGAGCUCCCGAUGACGUGUCCGGCCAGUCUACAGUGUCUGGGCCCGGCCGAGUCACCACCACCACCGAGCGCCGCCCCGGAGGCGAUGACCACUCUGCGAGUACUCGUUGGAGAGGAUCCGCCUUUUACGUACCACACUACUGGGCUGGACGGCAACGUUACCAGCGCUGGCUACGCCAUCGACGUGCUCAAGGUUCUGGCCAAGGAGGUGGGCUUCAGGUACCAGCUGGAGUGGCUGCAGGGCACCCAGUUCGGCGUGCAGCUGGAGAACGGCAGCUGGACGGGCAUGAUCCGCCAGCUGCAGGACGGCGGCGCCGACCUGGCGCUCUCCUGGUUCGCGCUCAACCCCUCCCGACUCCAGGUGAUGGACUUCCUCGACGAGGUGCCCAUCCGUACCUACUGGAACGCGCUGUUCGUCCGCCAGACGUCCCGCUUCCAGACGGAGAGCAUGCUGGGCGCGCUGACCAAGCCGCUGGGUGUGGACGUGUGGCUGUCGCUGCUGGCCACCCUGCUGGUGGUGUCGCUGGUGCUGUGGCUGGUGCUGCGGGCCAGCCGCUCCGAGCCGCCAGAGAGCCGGCGCGACUACAGCCCCGGCGCCUGCCUGCUCUCCAUCUACGGCGGCUUCAUGAUGCAGGGCUACGUGCGCACGCCGGCGUCGGCGGCCGGCCGCAUCGUGGUCAUCAGCCACUGGGCCAUGUGUAUCAUCGUGUACGCCACCUACACUGCUCAGCUGGCCUCGUUCCUCACCGCUACCAACGUCUCGCCGCUCCUCAGCUCGGUCGACCAGGUAGCUACGCAGACACAGUACCCGCUGGUAGUGGACAAAACAUCGGCCUCGGUGGAAGCGAUGCGCCUCAGUUCAGACGCCGCGUACCGCGCCCUGUACCGGCGAAUCAUCCACAACGACAACGUGCUCGACAUGUCGCUGAUGGCCAGUCAGGGCCGUGACGUCGUGCCUGACGACGCCGUGCUCUAUCUCGACUACGACCGGCUGGUGUACUACCUGCGCGAGCGCUCCUGUCUGUACCAGCCCGUGGUGGAGGUCAACUACAAGCACAACCCGGCGUACGUGGGCGCGCGGCGCGGUCUGCCGCAGAAGCCGGCGCUGAACCGCGCCCUGCGCAAGAUGACCGAGUCGGGCCUGCUGCAGCGGCUCUGGAAGCGCCACUUUGUCAGCAGCUUUGUCUGCGAGCAGGCGGCAGCGGCGCCGUCGCUGGGCGCAGACCAGCUGCAGGCCAUCCUGCUGGUGGUGCCGUUCGGCACGGCCGCCGCGCUGCUCUGGGUGCUGGCCGAGUGCGGCUGGCGCCGGUGUCAGCCCAGACAGAUCCCCUGGCCCCCGUCGCCGCCGUCCGAGGACCUGGGCUGGCACCAGUACAUCGACCCGUCGGCCCGGGCCGUCAUCGGCCGGCGCCGCAACGCCUGGCACAGGGCCAACGGCAAGUUCGACUGACGCGGGCGGGAGGACAAGCGACGCGGCUAGCACAGGCGCUGAGAGAGAACAGGGAGAACGGCCUGGCGAAAAAUAUCUGACAGCCGCAGCAGAAGCUAGACGAGCGUCUUCAGUACGCUGGCAACCUUCUGUGUUGGAGCGAACAGCACAAAUGUACCUUCUGUAGAAAUGUACCGUGUCACCUAGAUCAUUAUCAUAUAUCAGAUAAAAAGGAUAGUGCCUAGACCUUAGAUGGUACUUACAAGCAGGCUGUGUGCAGAUAACGAAAGUGUGAAGUACGAAAGGGAGACACGAUAUUUUUGGCCAGUUAUUUUACCUUCUCGAGUCUCGACAUUGAAGAGCUAUAUGGCAGACAGGUGUAGCUAUUUUAGGGGGAAGGGGUGGCUAUUCUCACUAGUCACUAGCCUUCCCUAAGACGGUUCAGAUCGGUAUCACUGGGAUCACAAGUUCACCCUGUAGAUAAGUAAUUUAGCGGGAGCGAGUUCCAGCACUGGUGGCCUCUGUACGCCGCAAACCAUCCGGUUUCGUGAACCAAUCCCAUAAGGUCGUAACAUGUACGGACGAUUUCGUAGAUCGUGUACCACAUCAUCUGCAGCUAUCGAACAAGAUUGGCAUUGUCUCCAGAAACGCCGAACGGGGCACUUUGAGAUCGAUCAAUGCUUCGCGAGGUCCGAUCACCGAUAGCCUAAACCGUCUUUAACGUUUGAUGUCUAGCUAGGAAAUGGUAUGUUGUCAUUGAUAUUAGACUAAGUCUCGUUCUAAGAAGCGGCAAUCAUUCAGUCCAUGCAGUCCGUCCGUAUCACCGAUCGAUAAUACACGUUCUCACGAGCUGGAUGUUCAGUAAAUCGGUGAUCACAUCGCUGCCAAUGGUCGAGUCU